AGUCUAAUAGCAGGAGUGAGUGUUCUGGCAAGUAUGACAACAACCCGUUUACCUUAUCUUAUAUUUUUCUAGAACACUACGAUUAAAGUUAAUAACAUUAGCGGUGUACACAGUACAGUAGUCAAGAGAGUAAAGAAGAGAGAAGACACGGUAGACAAAGCAGAAGGAUUGGCUGUAGCCAUGCCGAUUUUGUACUCCGUUGUCGCAAGAGGAGUGGCAGUGCUGGCAAAGUAUGCCGGCUGUGCUGGAAACUUUGCGGAGGUCACAGAACAGAUUCUAGCAAAGAUACCACCGGAGAACGGCAAACUUACCUACUCGCAUGCAAACUAUCUGUUUCACUAUGUGUGUGAAGACAGGAUUAUUUACAUGUGCAUCACAGAUGAUGUGUUUGAGAGAUCACGAGCUUUCCUCUUCCUGCAAGAGAUCAAGAGCAGGUUUCAGACAAUGUUCGGCCCACGUGCACAGACUGCACUUCCAUUCGCCUUCAACACGGAAUUCUCCAAGGUUCUUGCAAGCCAGAUGAAGUACUAUUCAGAUACCAGGGCAGUUGAUCCUGUGUCUAGAGUGCAAACAGACCUAGAUGAAUUGAAGGGCAUCAUGGUUAAAAAUAUUGACAAUAUUGCGGCGAGAGGUGAGAGGCUGGAAUUAUUGGUGGACAAAACAGAAAACCUAGAGGCUUCGUCGGUGACAUUCAAAAAGACAAGCAGGAGUUUGGCUCACUCUAUGUUCUUGAAAAAUGCAAAGCUGACUAUAAUUAUCGGCAUUGUUAUCAUCGUCAUAAUUUACUUUAUUGUCUCUGCGGCAUGUGGCGGCCUCGGGUGGCAAAAAUGUGUUGGAAAGUGAUUACCUAUCGACUACAUCCUUAAUGGGACAUCUGCAUCUGAGUAGUCGACUUCCUUAUUAAUUACUAAUGAAGUUCUUAGUCAUAUGUUAUUUAAAUUUAAUGUAUGCUCUAGUAUUACCAUUAACUUAUGUAUAUAAUUAUAUAUGUGCACAUUGGUUUAUAGUGUCAUCCAAUAAGCCACGUAGGGUUAAUUACACCACGGAAUUACACACUUGAAUAUCCUUAUUACUUCAAUUUAGUAGUGGAGUAAAUUAAACAUCAGUCUUAAUUUAGUUAAAAUCGUUCCAAAAUAGUUCCAAAACAAGGCAUUCCACAAGUAAAUUGGGAAUAACCUCUAUACAUAAUAGCAGGGGUUAAUAAUGACAAAUUUGUCAUUAUUAACCCCUGAUAAUAGUUAUUAAACGUGGUUUUUAAAAUCUGUGGUGCAGACACUAGUAGCGAGUAGGUGAAUGUAAAACCCUUAAUGAUAUUUUGUUUUUUUGCGCAUGACAUGGUUGUACAGAUUAUUUCUCAAGUACAGAGUCGCGAAUGUUUAUAGAAAGCCAAUAUACUGUGAGUGUGAGAGAACACUGAAGUCGAGUGGUGACCGUUUAGAGUGACAUGUCCUUGAACAGAUGCGUGUGCGAUCUGGAUUGCGUCAAUUCUGAAGCAAUUUAUUUUGUAUAAAAUUGUCAGCUGUGUACAUUUUCUAUGACUUAUUUAUAUUGUACCAACACAGUGUAUUCUUAUUCGUUCAAUGUAACAUUGUAGUUGCAGUGAUGGAAGACAUUUAAUUAUUGCUAUAAAUGCGGCAUAUAAAAUUAGGAGGAUAUGUAGUUAAUAGCAAACAUCGGAAUAAAUCAUUUCAAAUAGUUAUCCUAUGUAAA